AUGCCACCGUCCCUCCCUGCCACCAUCAACAUCCGGGAGCCCCGCUGGGACCAGAGCACCUUCCAGGGCCGGGCCAAGCACUUCUUCAUGGUGACCGACCCCCGAAACCUGCUGCUUUCGGGGGCCACGCUGGAGGAGGCCCGCCGGGUGGUGGAGGACUACAGGGCGGGCACGGUACCCCCGGGUCUAACAGAGGACCAGCUCUGGCGGGCGAAGUACAUCUACGACUCGGCUUUCCACCCCGACACGGGUGAGAAGAUGCUCCUCAUAGGGCGCAUGUCCGCCCAGGUGCCCAUGAACAUGACCAUCACCGGUUGCAUGUUGACCUUCUACAGGACCACGCCGGCCGUGCUGUUCUGGCAGUGGGUCAACCAGUCCUUCAACGCCAUUGUGAACUACACCAACCGCAGUGGGGAUGCACCCAUCACCCCCAGCCAGCUGGGGACAGCCUAUGUGAGUGCGACCACAGGGGCAGUUGUCACAGCACUGGGGCUCAAAUCUCUCACCAAGCACUUGCCAGCCCUCAUUGGCCGGUACGUGCCUUUCGCGGCUGUGGCUGCUGCCAACUGCAUCAACAUCCCGCUGAUGAGGCAGAGAGAGCUCAAGCUGGGGAUCCCCGUCACGGAUGAGAAUGGGAACCGCCUGGGUGAGUCCACGGCUGCAGCCCAGAAGGCCAUUUUCCAGGUAGUGGUGUCCCGCAUCGGCAUGGCAGCCCCGGCCAUGGCCAUCCCCCCGGUGAUCAUGAAUGCGCUGGAGAAAAGAGCUUUUCUGAAGCGGUACCCGUAUCUGAACGCUCCUCUGCAGGUCGGCCUGGUGGGACUCUGCUUGGUGUUCGCGACCCCGCUGUGCUGCGCGCUCUUCCCACAGAAAAGCUCGAUGCCCGUGAGCCGCCUGGAGCCUGAAGUCCAAGCUCAGAUCCGGGAGAAAGAUCCACGGCUGGAGACCGUCUACUUCAACAAAGGGCUCUGA